AUGGCGGAUGAUACGUUGGAACGGGAAGAAAAUCAAGAGGUUGGUACGUCUCCUAAACAACUUCGGUGUAGAUUUCAUGAAACGGAAGAAUACACGAUAUUUUGCAAAGAUUGUAAGGACUUUAUGUGUUUAAAAUGCAUCGGUCAGUUACACCAAAAACACGAACUGAGUCAAGUGCAAGAUGCCGAUCAAGCUAUUCGGACAGUUAUGUAUGGCUUGUUGCUUGAAAACAAAUAUGCAGAACAUCUCAAUUCACUGAGUGAUAAGGUUUCGGAUAAAGAGAAAGAACUUGUACAAGACGAAGAAAGUUAUACACGUGAAAUAAGAACUAGUGUAAACAAAAUGAAGCAAAACAUCGAUAUCGCGGAGGAACGUCUUUUGUCAGUGUUACGUAAUGCAAUCGAAAGCUAUCAAAUAUCUCUACAAGAACAAAAGACAAAUAUCAAUAACGUAGAGAGAGAAAUCGCUAAUUUAGACGUUGAUAAGCUUCCCGGGUACAACCUGAACAAUAUUAUAAAUCUUCUGUCUGCAAUGAAGUUAUGUUCCUCUUCGAGUGAAAAAUUUAUGAAUCGUCUUAACCCAUGUUUUCAACCAACUUUGGAGUUUUCAAUUGGAAAUAUAAUUUUAGAUGGAAAUCUUGAAGGUUAUGUAUCGGCAUUGCCUUCAUAUUCUGACAUAUCAGUUCAAACAGAAUUUUCUGAGGAUUCAGACAUUGAAUGGUUUGAUGCUGAAGACAUGCAGGAAGAUGAUUUAAUAGAAAGCUCGUCUGAUGAAGUAACAGAUCAAAUAGAUGAAUAUCCGAUUAGUUUCCAAUUAAAACAGGAUAUAAAGAUUGUUCAAAAAAUAGUACCCAUUUCUAAAAAGGAUGCUUGGAUCAUUUCGAACCGGAAGUUGCUGAAAAUUGUCGAACAUUCCUUACAAGAAGAUGUGUACGCAGAGAAUGUUGAUGAUAUUGUUGAUUUAAAAGAUGGAUGUGUUUUGAUUCUUCGUUCGGAUGACUCCUUUAUCAUGAAACUUCUUCCAAAUAGACGUCUAGUAAGAUUUGCAGACGUUGGUAUCAUGUAUACAUAUCCAAGUUAUAAUCCAUAUUGUAUUUGCUUAAAAGAUGAUAUAAUAGUAACAUAUAACUGGUCUACUACAGGAAAUAAAACACAUGGAUAUACUAGCAGGAACAAUAUCAUAUGGAUGAAUACAGAUGGAAUAGUAACUGAGCGCUCCUUAUUUUCUAAAAGUGGUUGGAAGCGACCAUGUUCCGUACAAAACUUAGAAUCAGGUGUGUGUGUCUUAUAUUGUGCUGACUUUGAAUCUAACUUGCAUUCUAUAGAGCUGUUAGAGGCAAAAUCUGAUAAAUGUAAUAAACUUUAUUGUUUUAAAGGGAUAUUUGAGUUAACUCCUCAUAGAAACUUUGAAUGCAAAGGAAUAUGCGUCGAUAAAGCUGGCAAUAUAAUAGUAUCAGACUAUCGUCAUCACAGCGUGUAUGUACUUGACAAAGAGUUGAAGUACAAGAAAACAUUAUUCGAUGCAAGAAAUGGACUGGACAAGCCAGCGGCCAUCUGUGUUUUCAAUAACCAUCUGUGGGUUGCCGACGGAAAUCAAGUUUUCAUUUUUAAUUAUGAAUGUGUUGGAAAUAGUUGA